CAGGCUGGAUCAGGAUUGGUCUCGCCGGACGUCAGUAGCCUCUGCGAAGGGGCGGGAGUAGGAAAAUCGAGCCAGUGCUCUAGUUUUUCCCCUCUCACACAGAUGCUGCUGCUGGGUCAGUGUUAUAUGCCGUCUAUUAAUAAUAACAGACUCAAAACAGCCACGGCGAGGAGGAGAAGCGGGGGAAAUCCACAUCAACAGUUCUCCUUUCUGAAUCUGCAAGAAUGAGCCAGCGUCUGAACGAUAAUGUGACAUAAACCCGCCUCAACUUUCGCUGUUUAUCCACCUGUUUAUUCGUCUUUUACGACCUUUUUACAGGUGCUAUUGUCUCGCUCACCUUUCACACUGCUGGCACACGGUCUACCCGGGCACUUUAUCGCGGUCAUCUAUCUGCACAGGCGGCUGCGGCUUGUUGGUAAACAUACGAAUCGGAUCCCGCCGGCAAGGACUCCCUCUGGUGCAUUGAUGCACCCGUUUCAGUGGUGUAACGGGUGCUUCUGUGGUCUGGGACUGGUUUACACCAACAAGUCGUGCACCAUGCCGCCCAUCACCUUCCAGGACCUGCCUCUGAACAUCUACAUGGUCAUCUUCGGGACAGGCAUCUUUGUCUUCAUCCUGAGCCUCAUCUUCUGCUGUUACUUCAUCAGCAAACUACGACACCAAGCCCAGAGUGAGCGGUUUGGAUACAGAGAAGUAGUUUUAAAAGGAGACCCAAAAAAGUUGAAUCUUCACGGGACGUGUGCAGUGUGUCUGGAGGACUUUAAAGUGAAAGACGAGCUGGGAGUGUUGCCAUGCCAACAUGCUUUCCACAGGAAGUGUCUGGUAAAGUGGCUGGAGGUUCGCUGUGUCUGUCCCAUGUGCAACAAACCCAUAGCUGGCCCCCCCGAGCAGCACCACAGCAUAGGGACACUGCUAGGAUGAACUGGUGUAACCUCUCAAACAACCUGCCAGCCUGGGUGGGACACCAGAGCCCGUACAGACCAGCUGGUAUAAGUUAGGGACCAACAGGAAGAGGGGACACUGUUUUGCGCUAAAAACAGAGCAAAACACCAACAUGAUGACACUAAGUUGGGGUAACCUAGUUACCACCCGAAGGAAGACUCUGAAGGAUGCUGUUGCCUAGCAACCAUCUUCGAGAUGGCAACACGACACCUUGUGGUGUCUGAGAGAUUAUCUCCAGCCACCCACACAUCACUCUACCACUCUUCUUUCAACAUCCCCCUCUCCGCCUGAUCCUUCACAUCUUCUCUUGUUGCCUUGAGUGAGGUUAAUGGCACCACUGAAGUGGUGGAGACACAGUUGCAUUUUUCACAGCUUUGUGGACAAAUGAGUGUUGAAGGAUGAAAGCGCUGGGUAGGAGGCUCUGGAUCCCCUCUGAGCGUGGAUGAGUGUUGUGUGUCAUGGUGGGUACUUAUACGAAAUAAUAUCAAUAUUGGCUGUGGUUAUCAAAGCUCUUAUGGGAAAUGGAUCUUAAAUUCUUGUUCUGAGACAAAGCCACAGACAAAUUGAUGUUUUCUGCAUCCCUGGCAGUAGCACAAAUUCACGUUGACAGAAGUUACGCUGCUAACAAUACAGCAAAUUCUUAAGAGUUUCUAAAAAAGAACCGGUAGAACAAGGGUUUAACAAAGGCCAGGAGAGGAUAAAUGAUACUGUAGGGAAGACAUGGGUUGAUAAAAACUGGUUUCAAGGAAAUGAAACACUUUUUAGACUUGACUUGACCUAAGGAGAGAGGUGGAUUCGUGCCGAUUCAUCAGUAGAACCUAAAUUAUUCAUGUCACCCAGAAGCAGCAGGUCAAGCUGUAGUCAACUUGUAGCAAAUUAAUCAGUGUUUUUAUGACAUCUUUCUCAAAAUCCAACAGAUUUUUUCUAAAACAUUCAACUGAUACUGAGUGUAAAAUCCAUAUUGGUGCCCACCUCUACAGUAACAUCAUGUAUGUUCUACAUGCUGUACAUGCUCCAGUUGUUUUUUUCCCCUACUGGGAUGUUUUAUCAUUCAGACAUGUUUUUAUUGUGUUAAUAUAAAUGGAAGGAACGGACUCCUGUUGCCUCUCACUAUUUGGUUGUUUGUUGGAAUGUGUUUUUAUAGAUAUUGCACUUUGAAUUCACAAAAACAAAGGAAAAAAAAAAAACUAUUUCCAUGCAUCUGUCCUUAUAAAAUGUUGACUAAGGCUUGGGUGCAGCACAGCAAGCCCCUUGUUUUCAGGUGCAGUGAAUCUUUUAUAAAAGUCUAUGAAGUAUCUGUGAUGCUGCUACAUCUGAAGAUAAGGGAAGCAGCAGUACAGACCCACUGUGUUGUUCUGUGAAUUCAUCUGGGAAGCAACUAAAUCUCACUUUCACAUACAGCAUUUUUGUGGCAUUAUUUAAUGGUGAUUACGUUUUACAUUCCUUGGUUGUAGGUUUUUUUAAUUGUUAUUUACAGUGAUUCAGAAAGCAAAACACUGCCUAAAUUGAGCACAAAAGCAUCACGAAGCACAUUGUCCAGACACAGUAGACACUUGCACUGUAAUUAAAAGCCAAACACACACACACACACACACACACACACACACACACACACACACACACACACACACACACACACACACACAGAUGAGGUUGUAGUCAUGUCCUUGUGCCAAGAAAAGAAAAAAAAUGUACGUGAGCAAGAGAAAUGUUCACUUUGAUUCUGGCCACAUUCCACAUUUUGUAAUCCAACAGAUGUAAAUAACUUGAAAACAAUAAUAAAACUUGUCUGUUUUGCGCA